AAGUUUAAGAAAACAACAAAACACGCCCGUGAAAAAGAACUGCGAUCUAUUUAGGCUCGGGACGCUUAGCUAUCAAAAUGUCUCUUUCAGCUGAAACUUGGACUUUAAUUGCUACCUUUAUUUUACUUCUCCUUAUAUAUGGAGUUUGGCCUUAUGGUUUCUUUAGAAAAUUGAAUAUUCCUGGACCACAGCCUCUACCUUUUAUUGGGACACUUCUUAGUUAUCGACGGGGCUGGUACCGGUUUGACAUGGAGUGCUAUCAAAAGUAUGGCAACAUUUGGGGGAUUUAUGAUGGCAGGCUACCACUGCUUUGUGUUAUGGAUACAGAAAUGCUUAAAACCAUCCUGAUUAAAGAGUGCCUGUCCUUGUUCACUAACCGCCGGAAGUAUGAUCUGAAACGGUCCAUGGAUGGUUCUAUCUUGGUUGUGAAAGAUGAACAAUGGAAGAAAGUGCGCACUGCCAUGGCUCCGGGUUUUUCAAGUGGGAAUCUUAAAGAGAUGUUUUCCAUUGUGAAACAUUAUGGACACUCUAUGGUACAGUAUUUGCAGAAAAAAGCAGACACCAAUGAACCUGUAAAUGUGAAACAGAUGUUUAGAGCUUACAGUCUGGAUAUUAUCGGCAGUGCUUCGUUCAGUGUCAACCUCAAUACUUUGAACAAUCCUGGUAGUACCUUUGAAAAACAUGUCGACUUAUUGACUGCUUUCACUGUACUCCAUCCUGCUUACCUCAUUUCAGUGUUGUUUCCCAUAAUUGCUCCCUUCUUGGAAGCAUUGGGCUACAACAUCUUGCCCAAAGAAACGGUGAAGUACUUUACCCAGAUUGUCAAAAGUUUCAUGGAUAAACAGAAAGAAGACAAGAAAGUGGAGUGUGUGGAUUUUCUUCAGAUGCUGGUUACUUAUCGGGCUGGUAUUAACAGUUUGAAGCAUAAUAAGGAUGACCAGCCAUACAGAGAUCUUACAGAUGAAGAAAUUGUUGCUCAGGCUGCUGUUUUACUCGAAGGUGGUUAUGGGACCUCCAGUACAUCGCUUGCAUUUCUGGCUUACAACCUGGCAACACAUCCUGAUAUCCAGAGAAUGCUUCAGAUGGAGAUUGACGAGGCAUUUCCUGACAAUGCACCCGUGACAUAUGAUAUUUUGAUGAAAAUGAAGUACCUUGACAUGGUGAUAAAUGAAUCCUUAAGAAUGUACCCACCCUUUGGUCGGAUGGAUAGAGUUUGCAAAAAGACAGUUGAAAUCAAAGGAAUAGUUAUCCCCAAGGAUACUGUGGUUCUGAUACCAAUCUAUGCCCUGCACCAUGAUCCCAAGCACUGGCCUGAGCCUGAGGAAUUCAGGCCAGAGAGAUUCGGUGAAGAAAACAAGAAAUCCAUAAAUCCAUUUGCCUACUUGCCAUUCGGUGCUGGUCCACGUAACUGUAUUGGAUUUCGCUUUGCCCAGGUAUCUCUAAAGGCAGCCAUAACUGGAAUUUUGCAAAGGUUUUCCUUUGUUCCUUGUAAAGAGACCAAGAUUCCACUGGAGCUGGACACUGGGUUUUUACUGCAGACCAAAGAGCCUGUCGUCCUCAGAGUGGUGCCAAGAUGUAAUGUAGCCAUGCACGAUUGAAAAUACAGAAGAGAAAGAGGGAGAGAGAGAGAGAGAGAGAGAGAGAAAGAAAGACAAAGCAAGAGAGGGAAAGAGAAGGAACAGUAUUGUCAAAGAAUCAUCUUAAAACUUGUAGUCACUUGUAAAAUGUUUCACUAGUAGGACAUAUUAACACUAGAGCGUAGUGAAAUCUAAAUUGUUAUCCAAAAAACAAUCACAGCCAAGGGUAAAGUUCCUCCAAAACAGCAACAAAAGAAAUCCAAAAGCAAGGCUAGUAGAGGACACCCCACGACUAUAGGAAGC